AUGGCGCUGGCGCUGCCGGCAGAGGCCGGUGAGCGAUGGUCACGCCAGUUGACCGAAUUCAGUACCGGCGGCGGCGGCGUCGUAACGGGACCGGGCAACGAUUGGGUGCCACUUUCACGCCCGAUCGACCGCCAGAGCGGGGCCCGGGUGCUCAGCUACUUCACGGCACCGGGCGGGGUCGGCCACCAGCAGGCCCCGGCCUUCCUCGGGCCGGACAACGUGGCGCAGGCGCAGCAGCACCACUUCACCUUCCUGAACCACCAGUUCCCGCAGUCGAACCGGUUCGUGCUGCAGUCGCAACCGCAGCAACCGGAACUGCAGCCAUUCCCGCACCACCUCUCGAGCCAGCCGACCUUCCACCACCAGCGGGCCGGACCGGCGUUCGUGGGCCAAACCAUUCAGCAUCCUCCGCCACCACCGCCACCCGUACAGUCGUCCGCGAAUCCGUUCGAGCAGCAGUUCUUCCCGAAGUCGGAGGCUCUCCCGCUGACUCAGGACGACAAACCAUCGGCGGAUCAGCCGUUCUCGUACCAGCACAUCCGCCAGCCACCGGAACUGGAACCGACGGGACAGCGCCAGCCGCCGGCACCCGUCUCGCAGGAGGAAGUCCAGCUCCUGUACGUCCCGGUAGAGACGCUGUUCAAUCAGAAGACGGUCCAGGAACCGUCCUCGCCAGCGUCCUCACUGGACUCCGGUGCUCGGUUUAACACCCUGCCGCACCCGGUCAGCCCGUCGCUGAUUAACGACUUUUACACGGCCAGCACGGCAACGACGGCGACGGUGCAGCAGCAGCAGCAGACGGCUCCGACGGCAGCGACGAAGCCCAAGCCGAACCAGCCACCGCUUGCCCUGUUUCUGUACAACGACGGCCGCCAGAACAAGCUGUCGACGGGUGACGCACUCGGGGGCCUCAAGAACGUCAACGAGAUUGCGGUACUGGAUUCGGUUGGCAAGAACAGUCCGAAGGUGUUCAUCGGCCCAGCGGGUCUGACGCCACCGAAGAGCUACUCGCGCUUCGACCUGCCCUAUCUUUCGAGUGUGGACGGACUGGCAGCGGCGGCAGGUCGGGCUAACCGCAAGUUCGAGGAUCACCCGUUCUACGUGGCCCCGCUCAGCCACAAGACCCCGGCCGGCUACUCCAAGAUAGCCCUCCCGGCACCGCACGUCGGUUCGGUGAUCGUGCGCCAGCAACCCGCGGGGAACGCGCUCGCGCCGGACCAGACCCCGUUCUACACUCGUCCCACGCCCGCCCAGAGUCACGUCCAGUACUACACGCCCUCGACACUGAACUUUGGUGAGCCGGUAGCGACCACCAAGCAGCCGGCCGACCACUAUUCAUCGCCUACCGGGCGCCCCACGACGACGCAAUCGGUCGCGACGCAGUCCUCACCCCCCGACGGACGCUCCGUAUCGCAGUACAACUCGUUCAGUGCGGCGGUUCCAACGCGCCACCACUCGACCGCCUCUGCCGUCAAUGAGGAGUACUUCAAUUUGGCCAAAACGAAGAAACCAGUUCCCACGACCAACGGGCCAUUCCGAAGCGGAACCGGCGUUACGCGUCAAUUCGACUUCAAACCGAUGCCGGAACAGCGAAUCCCGACCGCGUACGAUCCUGACCUGACGACGCCGAUCACCACGACGCCAAUCACCACGACCUUCCUCACAACGACGACCGAGAAGCCGACAACGAUCGAGCAGCGGCUGCAGCAGCUCGAGGCGGAUCGCAUGAGAACGCACUUCCGCGAGGAGAACUUCCGUAGCCGGCACCGACCGUACCAGCACCAGCCGGCGGCCGCCGUGUCCACCGAGCGAACGUACGAGGACGGCCCGGCCAAGCAGACCCACUUUGUGCACAAGUUCAAACUGGUCGACUCGGUGCGGCCAUCGGCGCAGACGAAAUCACUGGUCGACAGCGCGUUCCUGGAGUUCUUCUCGCCGCGCCCGUCCACCCCGGUCGAGGACACGGAUCAGAUGCUGCGGACCACGGUGACGGCCUUUUUGCCGUCGAGCUCCAGCGGCCACGAACGGCAGGCGAUCCGCAACAACUACUACAACGCGAUCGGAGCCGGCCACGAAGAGCAGACCGGCACCGGCCAGAGGCAGAAGUUUGUCAACACAUACUACACGAGCGCGGAGCCGGGGUCGCGGUCGACUACGGCCGGCACGGUCGCUCCCCCAACGGUCGCCCCGAGCAGCACGCUCAGCACGCAGGAUGCCUUUUUCCGGGAGUUCGAACAGAAGAGCAAGUUCUUCGAGCGGGAACCCAAGUACCGGACACAGUUCGGUGGCCAGGAGCUGGGUUCCACCGGCGGCCCCGGAGCGUACAUCAACAAGUACCGGUACGAGACGGACUUUACGGACUCGCCGCCACGCUACUCCGUAAAGGUGAUCACGACCGGUGAACCGACGACGACGGUGGAACCGGUGCCGGCUACCGAACAGUACGGCGUCCCAUCGGAGCUGCCCCCGAUCAGUGCCAAUCUACCUGGGCUGGUGAACGCCCUGAUGGACGAUCAGUGGGCUGGCCGGCCGGCCAACGGAAGGACCACCACCAACGGGGACGGGGUCACACGGGUUCCGCAUUCGCGGAAGCAUCGUCCGACGACUACGCCCAGUGACGAUGACACGCCGGUGACCACCACCAGACGGCCUCUGCAGCGAGGCCGUCGUCCACACCCAUCCCGGACGACGCCGGCCCCUGAUGCGGCGGGAGACUACCCCAGCAGCACCCGAGCUCCGAGCCAGCGGUCACGAUCGCGCUACGUGCCCAACAACGAUGAGCGACCGAUCGGGCGUACCCGAAGCCGCAGCCGGCCCAACACACCGCGGCCAGCGGCACCGAAGCAGGACCUCGACUACCAGCGGGACGUGCUGAAGCAAAACUAUCCCGUCAUACGGCCACAGAGCGCACCGGAAUCCACCGGCGAAUCCGUGGCGACCACACCGACCACGACAACGACGACGACCGUGGCCCCGCCAACAACGACACCAUCCUCAACCACUCUCCUCUACCGAGACGCAUAUGAAGAUCAAACCGAUCGGCUGAUUGCCACCACCCUGAUCAAUGAAGUGCCGCUCGGGCCAGAACAACACGAGGUGACGCGCAAGUACUCGACGUACUUCAGCGAGGAACCGUACGAGCCGGACGUUACCGCCACGACGGCCAGCCCACCGCAAACGACCAACUACUUCCGGCCGGCCAGCACCGAGCCGGAGCCUGAAUAUCCGUCGCGCUCGCGGGAAGUGAUCCCGCUGGACCACUCGGUGAUUCCGCUGUCGCGACCAACGGAAGCACCGCGCCAAACGUCCUCGUUCUACACCGAGGCCGACAGUGACGAGCGGAACUACAGUCGCGAACCGACUGGGGACGGUGUGAUGGAACUCAAGAAGGUGGAAACGCCCGUCCGCCCUGGACGCCGGCCAAAUCUGUUGGCCCGCCAACCGUACGCUGGGCGCUCGACCACCGAACGGACGACAACCGUCCGGACGACAACGAGCCCGGCAGCGGCGGAACCGGUGCGCAGUUCCGGACGCCGGCCAGCCUUCGUACGCCGACCAUCGAGACUGUAUGCCGCCACCACGACGGUGUCGCCCCCGACCACGACCUCCCCGAACGCGGACGGCGCGGAGCAGCCCACGCAAGGAUCAUAUGCUCUGCGUACCAAAAAUCGACAAGACAUCCUGAGAGGCCGGACACGACAGCGACCGACCACGACGACAACGCCGCCACCGGAACCGAUCGAACCGAACGCAGCCACAGCCGCCUCUCCGGACACGUCGUCCACGCGAGGCUUUGGACGAGCGGGCAACCUGCGGCGAACGGCGGCCGGCAACUUACGCUCCCGACAGGAGCCAACCGCACCGCCUACUACGCAGCAACCGCCGGUAGCUGGGCCACGGUUCCGGAUUCGCGAACGGACCCGCUUCACGCUGCAGCCCCAGGAGUCGCAGUGGUCGACCAAGCUGAACCAGAACUCCUUCCAGCCGGUGCUGAAACCGGCCACACACACCACCGAGGACGAGCCGGAAGAGCCGGAAGAUGUGUCGCACGAACCGGAAACGGAAAUCGUCACCGCCGUCUCGCCGGACAGUGAGAUGUACUUUGUGAACGUUACCUCUAACCUCAACCAGAAGGGCAGCGAGGAAGAUAGCCACGCUGAGGACAGUACAGAAAAUAGUAGUGUUCCCUCGUUUGCUGACCUGCUGAAUGACGUUAUGAAGGAUUUCAUUAAGGACGGUGGCGAUACCGCGGCCCCCAAGAAGACGGAAUCCCAGCCGAGCGUUACUGUGGCGGCGACGCCCUCGAAGGUCGCCGAAAAGGUGGAAGAAGCGGCCGAUCGCGAUAGGACCUCCUCCAGCUUCCGCAACAAUUUCCUGCGCAAACGAAGCCGACCGCGGGUGAUCGAUUCGUUCGAAGCGGCCGAAUCGCAGCACAUCGAUCGUCACGCGACACAGACCCUGAACGGUGCCGGGCCGCAUCUGCACUAUCCGGUGAAAAACAUCGACCGGGCCACACUGCCCCUGGCGAAGAAUGACCUGGAGGGUAACGAGCGAGAAAAUACGGCCCAGGAAGAGUCUACGGCGGCACCGACGGCACAGGACGACGAAACGACAACCGACGAGGUGCCGACGCUGGUGCCCGACCUACCCGAGGACCCAAGCAGCAAUCCGACGGCUGACUCGCAGCCAACGGCAAAUGGACCAACGGACGAGUCGGUGCCCACGGUGGCCAGUUCCACAACGGGAGGAGCGUCCGGUAUUUUCGAUGAUGUCAAAAAGCAACUUUCCGACCUAUACCAAAUGGCCGAAAAUGAUCCCGAAACGGAGGAGGUCGUUGAUCGGGAGGACGACCCGUUAACCGGGGCGGAACAUCCGGACGAUCUGCUACCAGACGUACCGACCACCGAGGAAACCGGGCCGGCGGCGGCGGCUGAAGCGGCUGGUGUCGAGUACCUGGGCGAUGAUAAGCGCGUCAUCAGUACGGGCGUUGAUAUGGCACCGAGCGAAACGGAGUACGCACCGGUGCUGGCCGUCGCCGACCCGAUGGGUUCCCUCGUCAUUCCGACGUCCGUGUCGAACGGAAUCACGCACGAGACGGAAAUUUGCUACCGUGGCCGAUGCAUAAAGACGGAGGAUGACGAUCGAACGAAAGCAAAGGACGAACCCUAACACGAGGGAACCUGCAAAUGCGAGGGGACAGAAGAGCAGUUACCGCCCCCCGCGUCCCCCGGUGGGUCACAAAAACCUGCUAACAAACGGAAUCGCUCCGGGGCGCGUGUGGCCGGGAACGAUUGUGUCGUUAGUCUGUAACAAAUGUAGAGAGUUAUUUAUUUUAGUGAUUAAUUCAAUAAAGAUCGAACGAA